GUCUAACUAUACUAAGCUAGAUUUGACAGGCUGAAAGAAAAACAGGAGUGUGGUUAUGUCAAAUACAGUAGUAUGAUGUUAAAAUGCUUAGAAAGGAGUCAAAGUUUCAUUAAACAAGGCUUUGAGCAGGCUGGACCAAUAUGGAAGUUCCUGGAAGUGUCAGUGCAAUGCAGAUGAAGGUCCAAAGCAACAAAACUAAUGGACACCAACAACUGCUGAGAUGAAUUAACCAGGAAUCAAAUGGUUUUGAAAGCCUUCAAUCAUGGGUGAUAUGAAGACCCCUGAUUUUGACGAUCUCUUGGCUGCCUUUGACAUCCCUGAUGCGACCAGUCUGGAUGCCAAAGAGGCCAUUCAUGGGAAUCAGGAUGAGGGAGAGGGACACCUGAAGCACUCAGAGAUGUGUAUGGAUGCCACGGUUUUGAUCCCUCACCCAGUGCCUACAACUGAUGUCCCUGCUGUCAGUGUUAUUGUAAAGAACACCAGCCGCCAGAACUCCUAUGAAAAUCUUGUGGAGAAGGAAAGCUCUCAUUUGGGGCAGCUUUUACAAAAUGGGUUCAAAACUUCUGCAGGCUCACUGGAGACGCAUUCCUCUAGCUAUCCAAGGCUGGAUAGCUCUUCUGUCAACGGGGACUGUUCAAGACAUUCCUUGGAAAAGAUUCCCAUCCUCUACAAGACUGAAAAUGUUCCCACUCCAUCAGCGUCUAUGCCUCAGUUUAGCCCAAUAUCUAGCCCGGAAUCUGAAGACAUUCAAAGCAAUGGAAUCAAUGACCGCCCAAAAUCUGCAGAGACCUCGUACUUCCCGUCUGAUUCACUCUUUUCAUCUUCGGCUCUUCCUGUUUUAGACAGUCAUGGAAAUCCAGAUGCAUCCAGCUUGACAGACAAAUGCAAUGAAAGACAGCCUGGUUCAAAAGGUGUGGAUGAUCUUGAGUGUGAUGGCUCAUCAAAAAAUUAUGAUUCUGCGACUAAGAGGGACUGCAUCCAAGAUUGUGGAACAAAUGCAUAUCCAACCCCUGAGACGACUAUUCCUCCUUCCAGUCCAUGUGUCAAAGAUCAUACCUCCAGACUGUCCUCUUGUCUUGAUGCAUUAGCAGCCCUAAAUGCUAAAAAGGAUCCUGGUGGGCAAACUCAUUCAAGGGACUUUCCAGUUACCCCAAAAGAGACAAUGAAAAUUAGUCCAAAAAUACCCAUUUCACCAAGGAGCCCAAGAAGUCCUCUGGAAGUGGUGAAACGUUACGUGAAACAGCCUGACAGCCCAAUGAGUAUAUGCAGUGACAGCAGUGGUAAAGCAUCUCCAGCUGUCACUACUGGCUCGCCUCCAGCCAUCCCACGAGUCAGAAUAAAGACAAUCAAAACCUCAUCUGGAGAAAUCAAACGCACCGUCACAAGCAUAUUGCCAGACUCUGAGACCGAAGAUUUCACAUCACCGUUUGGGUCUUCGCCAUCUCAGUCCUCAGUUGAAGAUGCCUUCUCGAAAACAUUGCCUGUGUAUCGUUCAAAUGAUAAAAUUUCAGAGGUCAUUUUUGAAGAUGGAAAUCAGGAAGCCUCGAAGACUGCUUUAUUGGGGGGCAAAUCCAGCACAAAAUCAGUGAGGAGCUCAAAGAAACCUCAAACCCAAAAUAAUAGUCAUACCCUAAAGACAACGCAAGGUGGGAACAAGCAAAGGAAGGCUUCUUCUGCUCAGAUGGGUUCUUCUGCUAAUACAAACUACCUUCCAAAGGCGUUACACUUGGCAAACCUAAAUCUAGUCCCACAUAGCGUGGCUGCCUCGGUUACAGCAAGGUCUUCUACUAACAGACAGGAGCCCUCUCACUUAUCAUCGUCAAUGGUGUGCAGUUCUGUACCAUUGGUGCAUCAAGUUAAAAAAGUCUCCCCAAACACACGAGCUGUUGUCCCAAAUACUGCAGCUGGAACCUUAAACAGACUGUUGAAUUACUCAAACCCAGUGCCAACAUAUGUUCCUGACCUGAGUCCACCACCAGGCACCAAUAUCAAGCUCCCACCGCAAGGCUAUUGCUGCCUAGAAUGCGGUGACUCAUUUGGGCUGGAAAAGAGUCUUGCUUACCAUUACAGCCGGAGGAGUGUGCAUAUUGAAGUUGCGUGCACUCACUGCUCCAAAACAUUGGUGUUUUUCAACAAAUGCGCUCUCCUGGCACAUGCCCGCGAACACAAGAACAAAGGCAUGGUGAUGCAGUGCACUCAAUUGUUUAUGAAGCCCAUUGCUGUUGACCAGAUGUUGGCACCCACCAAACCUAAGCAGUCCGUGAAUCAGAUAACUUGCGGGAACAACACCACAGAGUCAUCCAAAGGCCAAGCAGUCUUGCCACUUUAUCCCGACAAAGUUAUUAGACAUGGAUUCAAAUGUCUGGACUGUAAUAAACAGAUGUCAGACUACACAGCACUUGCAGGUCACUAUCAGAGGUCAUCGGAGACUGAAGGUCUGAUGUGCAAGGUUUGCUCAAUGCUGCUACCCAACAAGUGCAGCUACAGGGCCCAUCAACGCAUUCACACACACAAAUCCCCUUAUUGCUGUCCUGAAUGUGGGGCACUCAGUCGCUCGGCAGACAUCCAGAAGCAUGUGAAAGAGAAUUGUCUCCACUAUGCCCGUAAAAUUGGGUACUCGUGUCUGCAUUGUGAAAUGCUUUUCAUGUCACUGUCCCUCUUGAAGAGUCACAUUGAGGAGAAGCAUUGUGAGGUCUUCUAUAAGUGCACUAUCUGUCCUGUAGCCUUCAAAUCUUCUGAUGGAUGCCUGAUGCAUGUAAAAAACAAGCAUGGAGGCAGUGAACCCAGCCAUCAGGUGAUCUACAAAUGUUCCUGUGAAACAGUCUUUAAGAGGAAGCAGCUGUUGUAUCAACAUUUUCAUCAUCGUAUUUGUGUGUUCAAGUGUCCAGAGUGCACUUCAUUCUUCCCAGAGAAACUACUUUUCAUGCAACAUUUCAAGACUAAUCAUUGGGGCAUUUUCAGAGGUGAAGCAGAAAAAAGCCCCAAAAAGACAGAGACAGUAUCUUUCUCUGAUAAAAUGUCACCACAAAACCUUCAACAAAGGUUGACCAAAACAGUUAAUGAGGCCGGCAUGAAGGGAAGAGAGACUUCUGCUGCACGGAAGUCAAGUGCUGGAGUUAGUAUGAAGAACGCUGGCUGGACCUGUGGAGAAUGCCUCGUGUGGGUCCCUGACAGGGAGACCUAUGUCAGUCACAUGAAGACCAGCCAUGGCAGGUCUUUAAAGAGACAUCCUUGUCGACUAUGUGAAAGGUCCUUCAAUUCAUCCUUGAGUCUUAAACGACACAUUCGCAGCGACCACGAUGGGAAAAAGAAAGUUUACACAUGCUGGUACUGUACAAAUGAGAGGAUAUCCUUUACUAAACACUCUAUGCUAAAGAACCACAUCAGCUUGAUGCAUGGAAUCAAGAACCCAGAUUUCAGCCAGAUGGCAAAGCUAGCAUCUCAGGAGGUGGGCAAACCAACAGGCCAGAGGGCGAAAAGAAGAGCAGAGGAGGCUCAUGGAGUAGCAGGAAAUGGGGAAACAUCAUACAACACCCCUGCCAAGCGGCCUAAGCCACUUUAUCGCUGCGCCAAAUGUGGCUUUACCUCUGAAAACCAGGCCCAGUUUCAGGAACACAUACCUCAACACAGAACCGACAGCGACACACCCCAGUGCCAACACUGCGGCCUUUGUUUCACAUCUCAGCUAGCACUCAGCAGACACCUCUUCAUUGUACAUAAGGUCAAAGAACCAGAGGAGCGUGAGGAGACAGGGAAAGGACGAGAAAACUUAACAGACUUGAGCGAUGAAACUUUACCUCCUUCGCCAAAAAAGACAGCGGAGGAGCAAUGCAGACUCCACGCUGAGCCCACAGACAGCAACAACACACAGGCAUCAGAAACAAGUGGAUUUGAGGAAGAAAAGGCCUGAAUAGAAGAAAGGACUCCAGAGGAAAGCUGCUAAUCAACAUAAUUGCAAGCAUGUGAUUGCGGAAUAUGCAGCUGAGAAAUGUGGUACUGCAAACAUGUUGCCUUACAGUGAAAUACUAUAUCUCAUGUCACAUAUAUCACAUAUAUGAAAUAAUGUUUAAAACAGACUCUCAUUCAGAGUUUCAUCGCAUUAUUUGGAUUAACUUAAAGGGAUGGUUGAAAAAAAUGAAAAUUCUGUCAUCAUUUACUCACCCUCCAGUUGUUCCAAACCUGUAUGAGUUUCUUUCUUCUGUUGAACAAAAAAAAAAAAAAGAUAUUUAAAGAAUGUUGGUAAGUUGACGGUAGCCAUAGACUUCCAUAGCAGGAAAAAAAAAUACUAUGGAAGUCAAUGGGUGCCGUCAACUGUCUAACGACCAACAUUUUUCAAAAUAUCUUCUUUUGUGUUCAACAGAAGAAAGAAACUCAUACAGGUUUGGAACAACUUGAGGGAGAGUAAAUGAUGACAAAAUUUUCAUUUUUGGGUGAACUAUCCCUUUAACUGUUAUAUUCAUGCAAUUAAUUGUCACUUUUUACUGCUUACUUGUUCAUCCUAUGUAUGUGGAUAAUCAUAAUUUAUUUUUGUGUAAUUGCAAAAGCAUCAUGUCAGUGUGUUUCAGUGUUUCUCUACAGAGCAAUUGUAUGUUUUUGUUCAUGUACCACGUCAAAUCUGUCUUUGGUACAUUACAAUGCAGGUAAUAUUAUGUAUGUUACAUAUUGUAGCCAUAAGUGGGACAGUCAUGUAAUGUUUUGGCUGUUUUCAGGGUCACCAAAAAUGCAGAAGAAUUUAGCCGCUUUGAUGGUCAAUCUUUGGUGGUGCUUAUGCUGUGAUGGUCUUGAAGGAAGGGCAUGUCUGAUGAUGUUUAUUUUAUAUUUAUUAGGUAGCGUACUUGUAUCACAAAGCUAAACAUCUGUAACAGUAUUUGCUACUAUGGAGAUUACAUUAUUCUGAAAGGUAUUCACUUAAACCCAGGUAUCUGCACUCAGAGAAAAUAUAUUUUCAUAUUCAUUCCAUGUAGAUUACUAGUUUCAAUUACAUUUAUAUUCAAUGAGCCAUUCUUACAAUCAAAUUUAGCACUUUUGUAAAUGCUUGUAUGGGAAAAAAGAGAAGAAUUUACAUAUUAAAGACAUCAGAGACUCAACUUUACAGUUUGUGCUAUCAGCAGAGGCUUGAUGUUUUUGGGGCCUUUAAAAUGUAAAAUACAAAGAUUACUUUUUGUUUCUUUCAGUUUUUUAUUUUAUUUCUUUGUUAUUCACCAAUAAUGUUUCAGAUUAAAACGUUGAUUAUCUUA